UUUCCAUCAAUGGUCGGAGGAAUAUGGCUGCCACCAUAACCUCUGAAGCAGAUGGAAAUCUCAAAGAAAACAGCAUGUUUUUAAAGAAAACUUUAGCCGCCGUUUCGCCUCUUACUCUGAGGAUUGUUGCAGAAUGUCCUGUGACGAAAGCAAGAGCUUGUGAUCUGACUCUGCCCCACUCCAGCGUCAGCACGCCGGUUUUUAUGCCUGUUGGGACACAGGGAACCCUGAAGGGGAUCACCGCGGAUCAGCUGGAAGGUCUCGGUUGUCAGAUUUGCUUGGGAAACACGUACCACCUGGGCAUGAGGCCGGGACCUGAGUUGAUAGAGAAAGCCAACGGUUUACAUGGAUUCAUGAACUGGAGGAGAAAUCUUCUAACUGACAGUGGAGGAUUUCAGAUGGUGUCUCUUGUUGAACUCUCAGAGGUCACAGAGGAAGGGGUCAAAUUCAAGUCCCCAUAUGAUGGCAAAGAGAUCUUGUUGAGUCCUGAGAAGUCCAUUAGCAUACAGAAUAGUCUGGGGUCAGACAUAAUGAUGCAGCUGGAUGAUGUAGUCAGCAGCACUGUGAAGGGACCGCGUGUGGAGGAAGCCAUGCAUAGAUCCAUUCGUUGGCUGGAUCGUUGUAUAGCAGCAAAUAAGCAUCCAGAUAAACAGAACCUUUUUGCCAUCAUCCAGGGAGGACUAGAUGCAGAGCUGCGCAAGGCCUGUCUGGAUGAAAUGACUAAACGUGAUGUUCCUGGUUUUGCCAUUGGCGGCCUGAGUGGAGGAGAGGAAAAGGACGAUUUCUGGCGGAUGGUCACACUGAGCACUGACCAUCUGCCACGAGAAAAGCCUCGCUACCUGAUGGGUGUCGGAUAUGCUGUGGACUUGGUGGUGUGUGUCGCUUUGGGAUGUGAUAUGUUUGACUGUGUCUUCCCAACCCGCACUGCAAGGUUUGGUUCUGCCUUGGUACCUUGGGGUUCUCUUCAGGUGAAGCAGAAGCAGUACGCCAAAGACUUUCAGCCUAUAGACCCCGACUGCCAGUGUCCCACCUGCAAAAGCUCACCCUGAUGCGUUCUGUGAGGCAGAGCAUCGUGGAAGGCCGCUUCCCUGAGUUCAUACAGACGUUCAUGAAGCGAAUGUUUCCAUCGCCG